AUGUUUCUUUUGAAAUCAUAUCCAUUCUAUUCAUACUUGCCGAAUAUACCAGGACCAAUUGCUUUUGCUGUCAUUAUCGGUCUGUCAUUAAUUGGAUGGAUUGUCCAAUCAAUUCAAGCAAAAUUUAAACCUACUCGACUCAUUAUCAUUGUCACUAUCUCACAUUUGACGAUAUUAAUCGAUUCUAUUCUACGCGCUGUUUUAUCAGACACAGUUCGAAAUACACAAAGAGCAUAUAGUGCAUCAACAAGUCUACUCGCCGUAGGACAACGUUUACUCAUUGUUUCAAACUAUUUAUUCCUUGUCGAAUGGAUUUUGUUAUUCAAAUCAUCGACAAAACUUCCUCGCAUUGUUUCUACUGUGGUUAUUCUAUUUGUUAUUAUCUCCGGUGUGCUGCUCGUGCCAGCUAACAGCCUAUCGUUCAAUUCUGAAAAACUCGCCAUGAGCGUUCAUUUUCGUCAAAUAUCGUGCGCAAUUAUUUUAUGUAAAGCUGUUAGUUUCUACGUCCUUUGGUUCUACGUUUAUAAACGAUGUUAUUUGUCAUCGAAAAAGUCCUAUAUGUGGAGUUUCACAAGGUCAAUUCUACUACUCUCGAUCAAUAGUUUAUUAGCUCUAUGUGUGGCUAUUUAUCUUGUGGUAUUUUCAAUACCAGAGAAAUGGAAUGUUUUGAGCCAAAACGAGGUGUGGUUUUAUUACUUUCAUUUGGGACCAAUUAUUCUUUCUCAAUGUAUGUGGACAUUAAAUCAUCCGAAAUACAGUUUACCGAGACGACGAACAAUUGACAAAGAUCAAAUUCCAACACUUAGUACAACUAAUGCAUUGGCAGAUAUUUAA